AUGGCAUCUGCUACUACUUUCUACGACUUGAAGCCUCUUGACUCCAAGGGCCAGGACUAUGACUUCAACGAGCUCAAAGGCAAGGUCGUCCUGAUUGUCAAUGUUGCUAGCAAGUGUGGCUUCACUGGUCAAUACGAAGGCCUCGAGAAGAUCUACGAGAAAUACAAGGAUGAUGGAUUGGUCGUUCUCGGGUUCCCCUGCAACCAAUUUGGUGGACAGGAGCCCGGCACUGCUGAGGAGAUUCAAAACUUCUGCACAGUGAACUACGGUAUCAAGUUUCCUAUUCUUGGAAAGAUCGACGUAAACGGUGACAAGGCUUCUCCGGUUUAUGAAUAUCUCAAGAGCCAGAAAUCUGGUAUGAUGGGACUCAAAAUGAUCAAAUGGAACUACGAGAAAUUCCUCAUCGGUAGGGACGGAAAGGUUGUUGAGCGCUGGGCCUCAACAACCAAGCCCGAGUCCUUGGCAACGGCCAUCGAGAAGGAGUUGGCUAAAACAGCCUAG